ACUUUUUUUUGCAGGAAGUUGAGAAACAUAUGUCCCGUUUAAGCUACAUCCCAUCAACCCUUUUUUCAACAGAAGUCACAUUGGUAGAUUUCUUAGACAGGGUGCACAUAUCCGAGGUCAAAUUGCGUUCAAAAGGCUUGUGGGAUGUUCCACAUCCAUGGCUCAAUCUUCUAAUACCCAAAAGCGAAAUACAUAAUUUUGCAGAAGAAGUCUUUGGGAACAUCCUAACAGGAACUAGCAACGGCCCCGUCCUUAUCUACUCAAUAAACAAAUCCAAGUGGGAUAACAGAACUUCUGUUGUCAUUCCAGAGGAAGAUGUUUUCUACUUAGUGGCAUUUCUUGCAUCUGCAGUUCCCUCUUCCAAUGGAACUGAUGGCCUAGAACACAUUCUAAGUCAGAACAAAAGAAUUUUAGAAUUCUGUAAAAGAGCACAACUAGGAGUAAAGCAGUAUUUGCCCCACUACAGUACACAUCAAGAAUGGAUGACCCAUUUUGGUCCUCACUGGGAGACUUUUCUGCAGAGAAAGUCUGUUUAUGAUCCAUUAGCAAUACUCGCUCCAGGCCAACGUAUAUUUCGAAAAGCAAUACGCUUCUUAUGA